UAUUGCGAUCACAUUUAUGUAUAUCUGAUUUAAUUAGUUGCUUUUAAACUCCACGCCGAUCAUAUCAUAACGCUAUUUUUCAACUAUUGAAUUUAUCAUAAAAUGGAAACAUUACUUGAACAGCAACGCCGUUCUCAUGAAGAACGAGAACGUUUAGUUGAUGCAAUGGUUAGAGAAAUGUUGUUCAAAAAACCAACUACUAGAGAUGUUAUAAACUCGGAACAUCGCCUUAAACUUCUACUUGAUCAAUAUACGGAGGAUACAAGUAAACUUCGAGAAUUUUAUGAAGAUAAAGAUGGCUUACGUAAAGAAGAAAUAUCGUCCAUCUCAGGACCAAAUGAAUUUGCAGAAUUUUACUUUCGAUUAAAGAGUAUAAAAGAUUUUCAUAAAAAGCAUCCUAAUGAAAUAUCUGUACCAUUGUCAGUUGAGUUUGAAGAAUUAAAUAAUCUACGAGAAAACCCAUCAGAAGAAAUGGCUAAUAUGGUUGAUUUUACUGAUGAGGAGGGUUAUGGUCGCUAUCUUGAUUUACAUGAGUGUUAUGAAAAAUAUGUUAAUUUAAAGGGUGUUGAAAAAGUAGACUAUAUCACAUAUCUCUCUAUAUUUGAUCAUUUAUUUGAUAUACCUAAAGAUCGUAAAAAUUCUGAGUAUAGAAAAUAUGUUGAAAUAUUGUUAGAAUACUUGCAUGGUUAUUUUUUACGAGUUAAACCUUUGCACAAUAUUGAUAUAGAAAUGGAAAAUGUACGUAAAGGUUUUUCAACACAAUGGGAAGAGGGGACUUUUCCAGGUUGGCCUAAAGAUACUAGUAGUGCUUUAGCUAAUGUUGGGGCACAUUUAGAUUUGUAUGCUUUUUCUUCAUGGGAAGAAUUAGCAUCACUUGGUCUUGAUCGUUUAAAAUCAGCAUUAAUGGCAUUAGGACUAAAAUGUGGAGGAACAUUAGAAGAAAGAGCUCAAAGAUUAUUUUCAACUAAGGGAAAAUCUUCAAUAGAUCCCUCUUUGUUAGCCAAAGGCAAACCUGGAAAAAUGAACCGUAAUAAAGAACAAGAAAGACAAAAAGAGCUAGCAUUACAAGAAGCUCAUAUAUAUAAAUUUUGUGAACUAUUAUCUGAACAAAGAUUAGCAACAAAAGAAAAUGUACAAAGAAGACAAGCCCGCACUGAAGGUGAACGUGAUGAUUCUGAAAAUGAGGCUAGUGCAUCAGAAUCUGAAGAUGAGCAAGGAGAUGAUAUCCCAUACAAUCCAAAAAAUUUACCUCUUGGUUGGGACGGGAAACCUAUUCCUUAUUGGUUAUAUAAAUUACAUGGACUUAAUAUCAGCUACAACUGUGAAAUUUGUGGCAAUUUUACAUAUAAGGGGCCAAAAGCAUUCCAAAGACAUUUUGCAGAAUGGAGACAUGCUCAUGGCAUGAGAUGUCUAGGUAUACCUAAUACAGCUCACUUUGCUAAUGUUACACAAAUUGAAGAUGCAUUAGCUCUAUGGGAAAAACUUAAAACUAUGAAACAUGAUGAACGAUGGCAACCUGAAAAUGAAGAAGAAUUUGAAGAUUCUCAAGGAAAUGUAGUCACUAAAAAAACCUAUGAAGAUCUUAAAAGACAAGGGCUACUAUAAACUAACAAUAUGUGUAUAUACAUUUCUUAAAACAUUGAUUACUGUAAUAUUUAUGUUUUUUUUUAAAAAAAGGUUUAAUUUUAAUUAUUAUGAUGUGAAAAUAAAUAAAACAAUUAUUAAAUUUUAUUUUACUAUUA